AUGUGUAAGUGUAUCUACGAGCCUUGAGGAAUUUUAUAGAGAGAAAAAAUACCACCACCACCACCAACAACAACAAAUAGCGUUGGUCUCAUUUUAUACUUGUUCCCACUUUUUUCAUUCUUUUUUCGAUUCCAAUGGCAGUUGGGAAGGGGAAACUGGAAACGGAGUCUUAAACUUCACCUUCUUCAAAUUAAACUCUAAUUUCCCACUCCCUACGCCACACACAUAAAAACUCGCACGAAGAACGCAAGCCUUCAGAAUCAGAUCUAUAUAUAAGAGCGUGUGAAGGCUAGAUCCAUUGAUUUUUCUCUGCAAUGUUUCUCGAUAAAAUGGAGAAGUUCCUCGACAACUUGACGCCGAUGGAUCUGAUGCGAUCGGAGAAGAUGACCUUCGUCCAGCUCAUCAUCCCCGCCGAGUCCGCUCACCGAGCCAUCUCCUACCUCGGCGAACUCGGACUCCUCCAAUUCCGCGACUUAAAUGCUGAUAAAAGCCCUUUCCAAAGAACGUUUGUUAAUCAGGUAAAGCGAUGUGCGGAAAUGUCACGGAAGCUACGAUUCUUCAAGGAUCAAAUCAAUAAAGCUGGCAUAAUGUCUUCUUCUCAUACUGCAUUGCAACCAGAGAUUGACUUGGAGGAUUUAGAGAUACAACUUGCUGAGCAUGAACAUGAGCUAAUUGAAAUGAAUUCCAACAGUGACAAACUUCGGCAAUCAUAUAAUGAACUCCUCGAAUUCAAGAUUGUAUUGCAGAAGGCAUGUGGUUUUCUUGUUUCAAGUCAUGGCCGUGCUAUUCCUGACGAGAGAGAACUACAAGAGAAUGUAUACUCAAAUGACUUUGUUGAAACAACAUCUUUGCUUGAACAGGAAAUAAGACCUGGACCAUCAAAUCCAUCUGGUUUAAGAUUUAUCAGUGGGAUAAUUUGUAAAUCCAAGCUACUUCGGUUUGAAAGGAUGUUGUUUCGUGCUACAAGAGGCAAUAUGCUUUUCAAUCAGGCACCAGCUGACGACCAAAUCAUGGAUCCUGUUUCAGCUGAAAUGAUUGAGAAAACAGUGUUCGUCGUGUUUUUCUCUGGGGAGCAGGCAAGAACUAAGAUUCUGAAAAUUUGUGAGGCAUUUGGGGCAAAUUGUUAUCCUGUUCCAGAAGAUAUAAGCAAGCAGAGGCAAAUAACUAGAGAGGUUUCGUCGCGCCUUACUGACUUGGAGGCAACUUUGGAUGCGGGGUUGAGGCACCGCAAUAAGGCUCUAGCUUCUGUAGGGGAACAUCUAUCAGACUGGAUGAACAUGGUAAGAAGAGAGAAGGCCGUGUAUGAUACACUGAACAUGUUAAAUUUUGAUGUCACAAAAAAGUGUCUUGUUGGAGAGGGAUGGUGCCCUAUAUUUGCAAAAACACAGAUUCAGGAGGCAUUGCAACGGGCAACUUUCGAUAGCAGUUCACAAGUAGGCAUAAUCUGCCAUCCAAUGGAUGCAGUGGAAUCACCUCCUACAUAUUUUAGGACCAACAGUUUCACAAGUCCAUAUCAGGAGAUUGUUGAUGCAUAUGGUGUUGCGAGAUACCAAGAAGCAAAUCCUGCUGUUUACACAACUAUUAUAUUCCCCUUCCUAUUUGCUGUGAUGUUUGGGGAUUGGGGUCAUGGAAUUUGCCUGUUGCUGGGAGCAUUGAUUCUUAUAGCGCGCGAAAGCAAGCUCAGUACCCAGAAGCUUGGAAGUUUUAUGGAGAUGCUAUUUGGUGGACGCUAUGUACUUCUUUUGAUGUCACUAUUCUCAAUCUAUUGUGGAUUAAUCUACAAUGAAUUCUUUUCUGUUCCGUUUCACAUAUUUGGUGAGUCAGCUUACAGAUGCCGAGAUAAUACAUGCAGGGAUGCACAUACUAUUGGCUUGGUCAAAGUCCGAGAUCCAUAUCCAUUUGGUGUGGAUCCCAAGUGGCGUGGAAGUCGUUCAGAGUUGGCUUUUCUGAACUCUAUGAAGAUGAAGAUGUCCAUUCUGCUUGGUGUGGUGCAUAUGAACUUGGGAAUUAUAUUAAGUUAUUUUAAUGCUCGGUUUUUUGGGAACUCACUGGAUAUAAGGUACCAGUUUGUGCCGCAGAUGAUUUUCCUUAACAGUUUAUUUGGGUAUCUCUCCCUCCUCAUUGUUGUUAAGUGGUGUACUGGUUCUCAGGCGGACCUUUAUCAUGUAAUGAUAUACAUGUUUUUGAGCCCCACAGAUAAUCUUGGUGAUAAUGAGCUGUUCUGGGGUCAAAGGCCACUUCAAAUUGUAUUAUUGCUUUUGGCACUGAUUGCGGCUCCAUGGAUGCUCUUUCCAAAACCUUUUAUACUAAAGAAGAUUCAUACUGAGAGAUUUCAAGGUCGUAGUUAUGGUAUGCUUAAUACCUCUGAGAUGGAUCUUGAGGAGCCAGAUUCUGCCAGGCAACAUCAUCAUGAAGAAUUCAAUUUCAGUGAGGUUUUUGUUCACCAAAUGAUCCACGCCAUUGAGUUUAUUCUAGGUUCAGUUUCAAAUACAGCUUCGUAUCUUCGACUUUGGGCACUUAGCUUGGCUCACUCCGAACUUUCUACUGUUUUCUAUGAGAAAGUUCUGCUUCUUGCUUGGGGGUAUGACAAUCUUAUCAUUCGGUUACUGGGGCUUGCCGUGUUUGCCUUUGCAACUGCCUUUAUACUGCUUAUGAUGGAGACUCUUAGUGCUUUUCUUCAUGCCCUGCGGCUUCACUGGGUCGAAUUUCAAAACAAAUUCUACCAUGGUGAUGGCUACAAAUUCAAGCCUUUUUCCUUUGCAGCCUUAACAGAUGACGAUGAAUGAUCUAUUCGUAUACGUCUUGGUUUUUUUGCAAAAUAUAUGCUAAGGAUAUUUACACAAGUGGAAGCACAGUGAGAAAUGGUUGGAGUUGGAACCUAAUUUGGAAGUUGUGAACGUUAGGAGCACAAAUAUAUGCUAAGAUUAUGCUACUCGAUAUUCUUGGUCAUUUUCCUGUGGCGAUGCUGGUGUAGUCAUCGCUGCCAAUGGUCAUGGAAAGCACCUGUAACAGAUUAUUCACUUUAUAGUUUUCUUUUUCUUAGUAUAGGAAAGGGGGAGAGAUAAGGAAAGGGAAGGGAGUGGUUAGACUAAUUUUGUAAAGAUGAGCUGGGGAUCCAUUAUAGUGUAGCAAUUGGAUUCACAUAUAAUAUAUAUACGAUGUAGCGCGGCUUUGCUGGGGAACUUUUUCUCUGAAUUUUUCUGUAUUCAUAACUGACGAGUUGAUAGAGUCCCAUUUUUUUGUAAUGAUUAAACAAAGUAAAAUACAAGGCUGAAUAAUUUUGUA